AUGGACGUUUUUGAUGGACUUCCAGAUCCGAUCAUCAUCGACAUCUUGAACAAAGUCGGUGACGUCAAAACCUUACUUCGUUGCACUUCUCUUUCCAAACGAUUCCACUCGCUCGUCCCUCAGUCCGAGUCACUCUUCCUCCGACUCGACCACCACCAAGACUCCGACUCACACUCCGAUCCUCCCGUCUCCAACAUUUUCCAAUCUUUGUUCAAGUCUUUCCACGGCUUCUUCUCUCUUUUCUCUAAACCGGCUAAACCGAUCCCAGUCACGUCUCUUUCUCCGGAUAUCCCAUCCAAGAUUCUCUCCCGGUUUGACCGCAUCAAGAACCUCGAAGUCGAGCUUCCCGGCGGCGACGUAAACCUCGAGAAAGGCGAAGCCGUUAAGUGGAAAGCCGAGUUCGGUAAAACUCUCAAAACAUGCGUCAUCGUCGCGUUUCGUUCCUCCGCCACGGUUUCGUCGUCUUCCCCUGACGAUGAGUCCGACGCCGAGUUCGUGACCGGACUAAAGACGCGGGUGGUGUGGACGAUAAGCGCGCUGAUGUCAGCGUCUUCUCGUCAUUACCUGAUGAGGGAGGUCGUGAAGGAGCACGAGGAGAUGGAAAGUCUUGUCAUGCGCGACGGAGGAGGAGAAGGAACGGUGGUGAUGCAAUCGGAAGGGAUGAGAGAGUUUCGAAAGAGUGGGGAGGCGCGUGUGGAAGAAGAGGAGGAAGAGCGCGUGGAGAAGAAUAAGAGGAGUGUGGUGCCAAGCGUGAAGAUGAGUAUGAGACACGCGCCGUCGCUUAAGCUCAAGAGUGGUAUCUGUUUAGAAUCCGCGACGCUCGUGGUCGUAAGGCCGAGCGAGGGAUACUCCGACGUCGGAGAUGAUGAGCUGGCGACGGAGGCUUUUGCCGGAGAUUGUUUGUACGGUGAAGCGGUCGUCGCUUUGUUAAAGCGUAAGAAGAAUGCUUUAGAAAUGAACUCGUUUUAG